AUGUAGAGAUCGGGAGGUCAUUAUUGGGUAUUAGUUUAUUCAUUGGUUGGGGCCGAUAGAGGGGGUUGGAUUACGCAUAUAUAAACAGCAUACGUGUGUGUGACCCAGACGAGCGUCACUUCCCGGUAUCCCGUUUCGCUUCCGGCGUAUGGACUGAGGGCUGUUGUUAUCUUGGGUAUGUGAAACUAUUACCGCUAUGUGCAUCUCUUUAAAACAUGGAUUAUACAUGUCGGUUUUCUGCAGCUGUGCAGGACGAUUGCUGCAACUGUAAACAUCUCCGUGGCUGCAGAUAUUGUGGCUUUGACUUGUCGGCGGCGUGUCUCAUCUGUUUAUGCGAUCACAUUCAGUCAAUACGAUGCUGCGUAUGGGCGGAUGACGACUGUAUACGCCAAGUUAUUCUCCUUGUGUAUCCUGAGCUCCACCAGCUGAGUGAUUAAACUGAAACUAAAACUUUGCAUUGCCACUAUGGAGUAUUAUCUUCACCUCCACUGAUUCCCGGGUCCCUGUGCCUGUUAUUCGGUAUGUCUCACUCAUGUGGGUUUAUUACAGAAAUGUAUUGUGACGACUGAUUAACAUGAUUAGUUUUCCCCUAUGUUAUAGAGUGAUAGGGGUAUGCAGUGACGUCACCGCUGUCUUGUUCCGGGUUGAAUAUUUGCGUUCGUGAAUGUGAAUCCCAUUUUGAUACGUUUGUGAAUCCGCUAAUGCGGUGGGAGUGCUUUUGCACUUAUAUGGUCCAGUUAUGUUUUCAGUUGAUUUACUUGUUGUUUUGGGUUAAUUUUUGUAUUAUUGCCAGCGUACUGGCGUGAACAUAUGUUUUCUUUCUGUUUGUUUCAGUGACAAUUGGUUUUGUUUCUUUAUUCUUUUAUUCAAUUUAAUUUGGUUAAUUUUGUUAUUGUGUGUUUGACAGGCAUUAAGUGUCAGCUGUGUUGCCUGCCUGAAUUUUGUAAAUCCUUUUUGUUUCUGUUUGAGUGUGUGUGUUUGUGUGUGUGUGUGUGUGUGUGUGUGCUGUGUUUUGUUUUACAGGAGCUGCAGACCUUUGAUGAAGAGCAGGGCUAAAUAAAGUCUUUCUUUAGGUGGUGAUGGUGUUUCCUCACGGAGUGCUGUGAUUUGCCGUGUGCACUGGGGCUUUUGGAGUGGUGUGAGUUUGCAGUGUACGUAGAGUAAAGGCCUGUACGGCCGGUCAUUUAGCCGAGGCUGCAGCUCCUUGUGUCGUCCUUCUGGACCAUUUGUGUGAUUGUGGUCCCAGUUUAUGCAUCUUGUGAAUACAUUUUAAAUUUCUUCUGACUUUGCAAAUACAAUAAAUACUCUAUUUUUAUACCAGUACCUCUGUCUCCAUUGCCUAUUUGCCACAGAGUGGGGAACCUGUGCAUAAUGUUUUCAAUCAAUUCCUUGGGUGAGAUUCCCAGGGUGGCGUAGUCAGGCAUUAUUAACCCUUUGGGUAAUUAACUUAUUCAAAUUUAUUUAAUUCAUAUCUUCCCUCUGCCAUCUGGCCACAAACUGGCGUAGUGUCGGCAGGGUCCUGCUUUUGUGGUUUUUCUUGUUUUGGAGACAUUGGUAUUGGUUUUGGGUUUAGUGUGUAUAUGUGUAUUUGUUUUUGUAACGUGUAUGUAGGAACAAGACAGCGGUAUAUGUUCAACUGUUUUCUCAAAUCUUAUUUUUGCAGGUAAUUUAAUUGUUUGCUUACUGUUCAAGAUGGAGGGAGAAUUGCAGGAGCUACGGGACCUGGUGACUCAGUUGAGAGUGGAGAAUGAGAGGUUGAAGCAGGACCAACCUUCAGUAAGUUCCCUAGCGAGUAACACCACACAGGGCAAUGAUGCGGCAGCAGCGGUUAGGCCUACUUUGCCAGGUGCUGGUGCCGCAUCAGCAGAUAGGUUUGUUUUUGUCCCUAGAGACCGGAAAUGUCCAAAAUUUAGUGGAACGUCAGGUAUAGGUAUUGAUGAAUGGGUCGAAGAGGCACAGGCUUGUAUCCGGGCCCGUUGCUUGUCUACGGCUGACCAGGCGUUCUUUUUGUUCGAUCACUUAGAGGGUGAGGCUCGGGAGGAAAUUAGGCAUCGUUCUGAUGCCGAUAGAAGUAAUCCAACUCUUAUAGUCGAGGCCCUACGUGAAUUGUAUGGCUGUUCGUUGUCAUAUGUGGCUUUGCAAGAGGCCUUUUUCUCACGGAGGCAGCGGGAGGGGGAGACCCUUUUGGAGUUCUCCCUUGCCCUGAUGGGCCUCCAGGAGAAAGUUAAGCAGCAGUCGUCCUCCGCCAUGCCAAAUGCAGAAAUAUUGUUGCGCGACCAAUUUGUUGAAUUUGUGUUAGAUCCGGCAUUGCGUCGUGAACUUAAACAAUUGGUACGCCGGCAGCCAUUAUGUACCUUUUUGGAUGUCCGGGGUGAGGCGAUACGUUGGGAACGGGAAGGGAUGCCCGGGGGAACGAGACCUAGGAGCCAAUCACUUCCGGUGGAAUAUGGGUUUCAGUGUGGGGUACAAGGGGAGCCACAAGCUGAAAGCAGUAGUUCACGUUCAGAAUUUGCAGAAUUGCGCGAGAUGCUUAAGUUGCAGCAAGAGCAAAUAGGUCAGCUUACACAAGGGCUUGCCCGAUUACAGGGCUUUCAGUCCCGAAAUGCCUCUCCUCGUCGUGGUCCAGUAAUAUGUCGGCGAUGCCAACGUGAGGGUCAUUUUGCUAGGGACUGCGAUGGACAGCGUGCUCCCCCUCGGUCGAGGCCUUCUUCCAGGUUUGUGCCUGCAACCCGGGAAGAACCAGCUCAUUCUGUACAGCGGUCGGAAAACUAGUACCCACCGAACUGCAGAGCCACUGUUCGGUUGGGGAGUUUGAUGGCUCUAU